AUGAGGUACGGCAUACUUGUAAAUUUCAUCGACGACAAUGUACCCGCUUCAACGGGGCUGGUGGCGGAAUACCAGCGGCUCGCAGAUACCCGCAAACGCCCCACAGCGCUAGCACGCAACAUUUCCACAACCGCCACUCCGACAAUCGACCGCAAACGCACGCUCCCCGACACGCCCACCUGGCGGUUAUUCAGUCCACGCACACCCGGUACGGCCUUCCCGACGCACGCGCAGCCAAUCUCUGAUACAGUGCCGCGCGUCAAAUCGCGUCGCAUCGACAAGCAGCAAAACGACAAGGCGCGCCUACAGGCAGUGGAGAAAUUUGCCAAGCCGAUCAGACAGGAGGUCGACGAGACCAUGGAUCUGCUGGCACAGCUGACAGUGCGGCCGGCCAAGGCGCCAGAGACUGAGGCAGUGGACGGUGAGGUACAGUGGACCCUGGCAGAGAUACACCGGAUGCGGGAGGAGCUGGAGCAAAAGUUCAUUGACGAAGAUGAAGAGAAGCUGCGCGUGAUCCGGGAGGCUGAGGAGAAGGCACGCAGAGAGGUCGAGGAGCGCGAGCGCGCAGAACGCGAGCGGCUGGAGGCCAUUGAGCGGGCCGAGCGCGAGAAACGGCAGGAGGCCGAGGAGCGCGUGCAGCGGGAGCGCGAGAUAAAACAGAGAGAGGAGGCGAAAAAGGCGCGUGAGGCGGCGGUGUCGCCGGCAGCGCUGGCGUGGGCGGACAAGUACCGCGGGUUCUACCGGAUCGUGCAGGAGCAGAUGAAACCACGCAUCAGCAAUGACCGGGAGCUGAAGGCGUGGUGCUUCAAGCAGAAGGGUCUGAUCAUCCGCAGCGUCGGGCAGCUGACGAGCACAAUGGUAGGCGUGCGGCAGGUCUCGGGAAAGCUGCUAGACAUCAUUGCAGAGGCGGAGCAGCGCGGGGCCUCAGACUGGAUGCAGAAUCUGGUGGCCAAGGCGAUAGUCAAGCAGGCGGAGGCCGAGGUGUCGGCAAAGAUGUCGGCGGCGUAUCCGCUGGCAGCGAUGGCAGCAGCAGUCAUAAAUAAGGUGCCGGGGGUGUUGGAUAUGCUGUUUGUGCGGCUGGUGAAAAAGUGCCCGUAUGUGGUGCCGCAGUAUUUUUCGCCAGCUCUGGGCCGCGAGGAGUUCCUGCGCAGCGCCGGGUACAAGGAGCGCGACGAUGGCGUGGAGCCGGCGGCAGCAUAUGAGGGGCGGAUGAUUGGGAUGGUGGCAUUGUUUGCAGCGCUGGUACAAACGCCUAGCACAAUGUUGCUGGAGCUCGGGUGGACAUGGAUGGCGCGCAUGGUGAAUCUGCCGCCGCGUGCGAUCUCACCGGCGCUGGUGGUGACGUUCCUAGGAGCUGGCGGGCACAGCGAUGCUGGCAGCGCUAACAGGUGGCUGCCGAUGGUGCCCACCGACGAGCCGCUGGCAGUCGCCUCCAAGUCGCGCCUUGGGUCGUAUCUGGAGGACUACCAGCGCACGGGCUGUCUGGGCGAACGUCACGCGCGGCGGCGCCAGGACUCCAGCGCCUCCAGCACGCAGUCAUCGCCACUGGAGCUGCCACCAGCACUAAACCCGGCAUCGAGUACUGGCCGCAACAACGCGUCGGUCUUGCAGCGGGCGAGCUGGGAGACGCUGAAGAAGCAGAUCAACGGGCCGGUUAACAAAGUCAACACUUCCAAUAUGCGCGAAAUCGCGGUGCAGCUAUUCCAGGCGAACCUGAUCCGCGGCCGCGGCCUCCUGUGCCGGUCAUUGAUGCGUGCCCAGGGCCUCUCGCCAGCGUUCACGCCGGUCUACGCCUGCCUUUUGGCAGUCAUCAAUACGAAGCUGCCCGUAGUGGGCGAGCUCCUGGUGACCCGACUGGUGCUGCACAAGUGCCAGGCGUCGGUUCUGUUUCUGGCCCACCUGACGGUGCAGCGCGUGGCGCAUGAGACACCGACCGACGAUAGCGUCGAGAUUGCGGUCGGGUUCGUCAAUGCUGUCGGUGCGUUUCUGCAGGAGUCGGCGCCGCGCGUGCUCAGCGCCGUGUUUGAUACGCUGAGAAGCAUUUUGCAUGAGGCCGAAAUCGACAGGCGCGUGCAGUUCAUGAUUGAGCCCGGCCUGGAUCUGGUCGAUGAGGAGGAGCAGAUUGUGCAUGAGGUAGCGUUGGACGACGAUGAGCUGGAUGCCGAGGAUGAGCUGAAUGUGUUUCAGAAUGACAAGGAUUUCGCCGAGAACGAGCAAAAGUAUGCUGAUAUCCGCCGGGAGAUCCUGGGCGAGGACUCGAGCGACGAAGGCAGCGGAUCGGAGUCUGGCUCCGAAUCAGAGGAGUCCGAGGAGUCCGAGGAGUCUGAGUCGGAAGGGGCAGCGGACGGCAAUGGAGAGCCGGUGAAGAUCCACGAUCUGACAGAGACCGAGCGGGUGAAUCUGCGGCGCACAAUCUAUCUGGCGAUGAUGUCGAGUCUGAGCUACGACGAAGCUGCACACAAGCUGCUGAAGCUGACGGUGCGGGCGGGGGAGGAGCAGGAGCUCUGCAAUAUGGUGGUGGAAGCCUGCUCGCAGGAGCGCACCGGCCUGUGCAAGCUGGACCACAAGUGGCGGACCGGGUUCCUGCAGUCCUUCGAGCAAUGCUACGGAGAUGCACAUCGCUAUGAGACCGGCCACUUGCGCAAUAUCGCGCAUUUCUUUGCCCACCUUUUGGUGACCGAGGCAUUGCCCAGUAGUGUCCUGGAGUGUGUGACGUUGACUGAGCAAACAACCACGUCGUCGUCGCGUAUUUUCGUCAAGAUCCUGCUGCAGGAUAUGGCUGAGGAGCUGGGUCUGGAGAAGCUGGGCGAGCGCCUGCAUGGCCUGCUGGGCAUCGGCUGGCGAGUAUGGCGCAAGGAGAGCACAUCGUCAUCGUCAGAGUCGGACUUGGAUUCUGGUUCUGAUUCUGGUUCUGAGUCGUCGGGUUCAUACAGCUCGUCGUCGUCCCGCAGCCCGUCGCGUUCGCCAGCGCGUCGCCCACGCGCCGCCGAUUUCAUGCCGGAGAAGCCCCGUGUGCGCUCGCCGUCGUACUCGCCACCGCCCCGCCAGCCGAGUCCCCGGAGAAGGACCUACCGCGUGCGCUCUCCCAGUGUCUCGGAUCGAUCACAGAUCGCCUGA